AUGACCCGGCCCCUGGAGCAGGCGGUAGCUGCCAUCGUGUGCACCUUCCAGGAGUAUGCGAGCCGCUGUGGGGACAAGUACAAGAUCUGCCAGUCGGAACUCAAGGAGCUGUUGCAGAAGGAGCUGCCCACUUGGACUCCCAGUGAGUUCCGAGAGUGUGACUACAAUAAGUUCAUGAGUGUUCUGGACACCAACAAGGACUGUGAGGUGGACUUCGGGGAGUACGUGCGCUCACUUGCCAGCCUCUGUCUUUACUGCCAUGAGUACUUCAAAGAGUGCCCCCCAGAGCCCUCUUGUCCCUAAUAGCCUCUACGCUAUCCCGGAAGCCCAGGGUCUGCACCAUCUUUGUCCUUGAGGUGGUCCUGGAUGUGAGGCCACACCCUCCCUAUCCUCUCUGUGGUACCCCUUCCAAUCUGCACUAGCCAGGUCCCUGAUGGGCUAACCCCAGCUACCCAUGAGCUUUAGAGGCUUUCCUAAGGAUGUCCAGCUAGCAAGCAGUGGGGCAGUAACCAGCCUUUGCUUGGAAGCGAAGAACAUCUCUGCUCUCACCUUAGACACUCAGCCAUGUGUACACCAUUGGGACAGCUGUGGCAUGGGCCU